GGAAGCUCCUCUUCAGGUGAACUUACCUUGAUUACCGACGAGUUGAUAAAAACCUAUUACCUGCUAAAAAUAUUAAUUCCGUCAUCUCAAGACAGCCAUGGCGGAUAUCAAAGAACACUCUGCUUUUCAUGGAGCCGUGGAGCUGGAGGACUCCCUACUGAUGCCCGUUGAGGAAAAAACGUCCCCGGAGAAAAAUUGUGAAACCCCGCCGGAAGAAAAGUCACAGGGCAUCGAGCUUAUACAACUUGAGACCUCUGAGGAGAUGGACGGAAACCUGAAGCUGGAGUUGGGGGACAAACAACAGGAUGAACAAAUGGCCUGUCCACCAGCAAAUGAUAUCUCCACUUCUGAGUCAAAGGAUUGGAAGCCCGGUUCUCGUUGCCGGGCGGUGUAUUCAGACGACGGCCUGGUUUAUCCUGCUGUGGUUCUGUGGGUCAAAGGUCAGCGCUGCCGUGUUCGCUAUGACAUCUACGAUAAUGAGGAGGAACACGACGUCUGCAGCCUACUGACCCCCGAUGAGCUCCACGGGCCCAGCAGAGCCGCCCCAUUCAAGGGCAGCAACUGGAAGUCCAGUCCAACCAGCAGUAACGCUGACUGGAAGAGGAGGAGAAGGGAGGACAAGCAGGGAGAGCGAGGAGGAGAGAGGAGGUGGAGAGAUGACCAACAGAACUCUUCUACAAAUAACGAAAAACCUGGGAGUCAGAGGGAAGUGGAGAAAGAAGCAGAUGAGAAGAAGAGAGGAAACCAACAGGGAGAGGAAGCAGACAAACCGGCCAAUCACAGCUUCCCUCUCUUCCCUCCAUUUCCUCCUUCUCAGAUGGGCUCAGCGAACCCCAUGUCCUUCCCCUCUCCUCCUCCUCCUCCUCCUCCUCCUCCGGCCUGGGUCUUGUGUGGGAAGGAAGCUGGUGACUCUCUUGACGUCAACACCAUCACCAACAUGUUGAUGCAGUGGUACAUGUGUGGCUUCCAAACCGGCACUUACAUGGCUCAGCAGCUUUACAAGUCGACCCUCAAAGAUGAAGUUAAGAGCCCGCGCUGAAGGCUCGUGCUCAGACUCAGAGGGAUGGAGCUGGAACUUUUCUUUCAUUUUACAAUAUAUUUGUACACUUAGACAUAUUUUAGAAACUUUGAGUUGAAUUUUCUUCUUGGAAAAACUUUGGUUCCUAUUAAUGGUUCAGGAGUGUUUUUGUGUUUAUCCUUUUGUAUUUGAAAUGUUUGGUUCUGUCUGUGUUGUUGGAGAAUUACUGAAGCACAAAAGAUUAAAUGGAAAUGUUUGGAGAGAAUAUUUUGUUAUUAAAAAGGAAGAUGGAUGAUUUCUCUCUGAGCUUUGUAUUUUUCAUAAACAUGAUUGAAAUGCU